UUUACAUAAAUCAUGGCGUUGAAUAACACAACAGACUCGAUGGAUUGCGAUUAUUUAGACAAUGGUACAGGUGUUACCGGGGAUAUGAAUGUGGCUGUUUCUACUUAUGUUGUUGUUGUGUCAUACGCAUGUAUAUUCCUUUGUGGUAUAGCCGGAAAUGGUCUCGUCAUCUACGUCGUUCUGCGAUACGCUAAGAUGAAAACGGUCACCAAUUUGUAUAUAUUAAAUUUGGCAGUAUCAGAUUUUCUAUAUAUUCUACAUUUACCACUGAUAUCCACCACCACGUAUCUAAAAUACUGGAUGUUUGGUAAUGCCGUAUGUAAGAUCAACUUUGUAUUGUAUUCGAUCAGUUUUUUCGCUGGAGUUUUUACCCUGACAUCGCUUGGAGGAGACCGUUACAUUGCUGUAUGCCAUGCAAUAAACUCUCAAGAAUACCGAAAACCGAAGUAUGCCACCCUCAUCAUCAUUGGCAUUUGGUCACUUUCGUUCUUCGUCAUGCUGCCUACAAUUCUCUAUUCCAAAACCGUGCCCAAUCACAAUUUCCCGGGUAAGCUUACGUGCACGAUAGAAUGGCCAUCAGGACAACUCAUACCAACUGAGAAGGCGUACACCUGGUAUACGUUCCUGCUUGGGUUUGGUAUUCCUGUUUCUCUUAUAUCUGUGUUUUAUCUCCUUGUGAUACUGAGGCUAAGGACUGUAGGGCCAGUGAAUAAAUCCAAAGAAACAAGAAAGGCACACAAGAAGGUAACUAGAAUGGUGCUUGCAAUCAUAUCUAUUUACAUUGUUUGUUGGCUGCCGUACUGGUGCUUUCAGGUAAACCUGACAUUGCGACCAAAAGACAAAAGUCUGGAAGACUGGGAGAUACUCAUGUUCAAUAUCUUCACUGUGUUGACAUCUUCGAACAGUAUGCUCAAUCCUAUUUUGUACGCCUUUCUUAGCGACAAUUUCAGACGAAGCUUUCUAAAGUCAUUUCAGUGCACUAAUCUAAUGGAUGCCAACAAAAGCUUAUAUGGAGAAAGCACUUUACCAACAAAACACAGACGCAGUCACGAUUACGCCUUCGGAAAGGGAAAAGAUAUGGAAAAAAUAGAACUAAAAGAGAAAGAAAAAGAGAAAAAAACUACGGAAAAUAACGAGUAUCAAACACAAACAAACGGCAAUGUCACUGAGAAGUGUCGUCUGCUUCAAAUACACAAGUUCGUAAAACAUACUGAGGAGAAAAAUGACAACGACAAUAGCCUGGAUGUUGAAGAACCAGACGACGUUGGAGAUCAUUCUGACACCGCUGCGUUAUAUGCAGACAAACAAAUUCAAACACGGGAAAUUGUGUAAUAGGCUGCGCUGAGACGUGCCAUCCAUAAUUCUCGUAAAUCAGACAUGCAGUUAAACACGUGACUGUCACAAGAGUAGGCUUUAAAUCAGGAUAGUAUACUCAGCACGUAAUUAAUGUGGCACGCAUACCGAUUUAUAUACAUUGUAAGUACUCAUCAUCUUCAUUUCAUAUUGUUGUACGUAAAUGCUUGACGUUGUGUUAUUGCUGUUUCUCCUGUGUAUAUAAUGUGCAUUUAUUGAUUCAAUGUGUCAGAUUAUGAAAUUGAAAUCGACUGCAUCUUUUCAAAUCGUACAGAUAAGUUUGGCAUCGUCAAUUAUUGUUCAAAUGCAAUGUGUUUAUUAAGAAAUAUUGUUACAGUAUUAAGGAUUAAACUAUAUAAAGAACUGACAGCUUGGUUAUUUAGGAAACUCAUCAAUCAACCGAACUCAAUAAAUCUUAUCAUCAU